CCGGGGCGGCGGCGGGUCCCGCCCGCCGGAGGGCGGCUCUGGCUGAGGGCGGAGGGCCCGGGGCAGCGGCUGAGGCGGGACGGCGGCGGGUACCGCUGCCCCCGGAAGACGCGGCCGAGAUGCUGGCGGAGAACCUGGUGGAGGAGUUCGAGCUGAAGGAGGAUGAGCCGUGGUACGACCAUCGGGACCUGCAGCAAGAUCUCCAGCUUGCUGCUGAGCUUGGGAAGACAUUACUGGAUCGGAACACAGAGUUGGAGGAUUCUCUUCAGCAGAUGUACACAACCAAUCAGGAGCAGUUACAAGAAAUUGAGUAUCUGACCAAACAGGUGGAGCUUCUACGGCAGAUGAAUGAGCAACAUGCAAAGGUUUAUGAGCAAUUAGAUGUCACAGCGAGGGAACUGGAAGAAACAAAUCAAAAACUAGUUGCUGACAGCAAGGCUUCACAGCAAAAGAUUCUGAGUCUGACUGAAACGAUUGAAUGCCUACAAACCAACAUUGAUCAUCUUCACAGCCAAGUGGAGGAGCUGAAGUCAUCUGGCCAAGGGAGAAGGAAGCAGGGGAGAUGUGAGCAGCAGAGAGCGGCGCCCAGCUUCUCGUGUCUGAAAGAGCUGUAUGACCUUCGCCAACACUUUGUGUAUGAUCAUGUGUUUGCUGAGAAGAUAACUUCCUUGCAAAGUCAGCGAAGCCCUGAUGAAGAAGAAAAUGAACACUUGAAAAAAACAGUGACAAUGUUACAGGCCCAGCUGAGCCUGGAGCGGCAGAAGCGGGUGACUAUGGAGGAGGAAUAUGGGCUUGUGCUAAAGGAGAACAGUGAACUAGAACAGCAGCUGGGGGCCAUGGAUGCCUACCAAGCACGGGCACGGGAGCUGGAGGCUGAGGUGGCCGAGAUGCGGCAGAUGCUGCAGUCGGAGCACCCUUUGGGGAAUGGGGUUGAGAAGCUGGUGUCAGACUCGCUGUUUGUCCCUUUCAAAGAGCCUGGCCAGAGUCUGCUGGAGGAGAUGUUCCUAACUGUGCCGGAAGCACCUAGAAAGCCUCUCAAGCGCAGCAGCAGUGAGACGGUCCUGAGCAGCUUGGCGGGGGGUGACAUCGUGAAGGGCCAUGAGGAGACCUGCAUCAGGAGGGCCAAGGCUGUGAAGCAGAGGGGCAUCUCCCUUCUGCAUGAAGUGGACACUCAGUACAGCGCCCUGAAGGUGAAGUAUGAAGAGCUGCUGAAGAAGUGCCAGCAGGAACAGGACUCCCUGUCACACAAGGCUGUGCAGACCUCCAGGGCUCCAGCCAAGGACCUGUCUGGAGUGAAGGCCCAGCCUGAGCCCGGCGCUGGAAGCUGGGAGCUGAUCUCUGUUACCCCAGAGCCCAUCGAUUCCCCCACUGCUGCAACGCCUCCAGAAUACAAAGUGCUUUUUAAGGAGAUCUUUAGUUGCAUCAAGAAAACCAAGCAGGAGAUAGAUGAACAGAGAACAAAAUACCGGUCUCUCUCCUCUCAUUCUUAACUGAACCGACAGCUCUUCUACUAAUUUGCCUAUUUCCUAUCACCUCUCUCUCCCAAAAGUGUUUGUAGAGUUAGUCUGAUGUUGCUUAUGACGUUUCCUCCUUGCAUUGCUUAUUUGGCAAAUAUGUACAGCGAGGAAAAGAGGUGGCUGCUGGUGUCAGUUCUACAGUCCAGUUCCCUUUAAGCGCUCCAGGAAAUUCCAUGACAAACUGGCCUCUGGCAGGCACACUGAUUAGGCUUUGACUCCUGGAAAAGCCCCCAAACCAGUGGAGGGAAAAUGAACAUUCCUGGAGAAGUAGGUUGGUAGUAACUAUGUUGUUGUUGUGUGCUGUUUUGAGUCGAUCUCCAACUCAUAGUGACCCUAUGUGAGAGCGUAGAACUGCCCCGUGAGGUUUCCUAGGCUGAAAUAUUUAUGAGAACAGAUGGCCAGGUGUUUUCUCCCUCAGAGCCGCUGGUGGAUUUGAACCACUGACCUUUCGGUUAGCAGCCUAAUGCUUAACCGUUGUGCCACCACGGCUCCUGUAGUGACUGCAGCGUGGUGAAAAGGGCAGAGCUGAAGCAAAGCUAAGGCAGCUCCUCCUGCCUCUCGGCUUAAAAGUCACCUAGAAACCAGGGAAGGGGCAGCCAAACUGAAACAUCUUGCAAAACGCUGUUGGAUACUGUGACUUCAUUAAGAAGACUGUUCAGGAGAAAACAGGGGUCUAAUCCAGAAUAAAUGGCAUUAACAAAUACUCCAAGCCCUUGGGUUUUGUUACAUCUCCACCAGUUGAACUGUGACUGGCAGGUAACACGUAAUAUAUCUAAAUUGAACUGAAUACCAACCUGAAAGGGCAAGCUUUGAUUUGAUCAAAAUUAGCUUGUUAGCACACACCCUAGAGGGCCACCCAUGAAUUCAAAUGUUUUUACUCAAGGCAUUUACUCAAUGUGUUUAUCUGACAUUUAGGAUAGAUGAAUAUGUAAAUGUUUAAUUCCUUUCUCAAAUUUUAACUAAAGAGGGAAGAUCAAACUAUUCGUUCUACGUGUCCAUGAGCUGGCUGACCUGCUGGCCACAAGCUGCUCUUGCUCAGUUCCUGUCAUUCCUGUAAAUGUUGUUGACUUGCUGCAGAAAUUCCUUUCUGCCACUUCAUUAAACAGUAUUGUGUGUUCCAACUGUAAAAAUAUAUUCACCCUCUCACUUGCAUACUUUUAAUUUAAAACUAUUUAAGAGAACUGAGGUUUGGAUUAUUGUAUAUAUUUUUCUAAAAACCAAAUAAAGCUACCUAUGAAAAGGACCAAA